AUGGCCGACACCCGGAUUCCUAUCCUCACCGUCUCCCUAGCCCGCCACCUGGCCGGUCACGACAUCCAGCAUGUCCUCGACAAAGCGUGGCUGGAUCCAGCCGUCCCGGCUACCACCCGCGACCGAUUCGAAAACCAAGGCUUCAACCUCGACAUCGUGGACCCCGAGAAGAACUUGGCCAGCCUGCGACAGACCCUGAAAGACCGAGAAUGGGCCGGCAUCAUCCUCGGCUGGUGCGUCAGAGGACACGCCGAAUUCACCGAGUUCUUCGAGAGCGUCACGGCCGUCUGCGUCGACCAUAUCACCGAGACUUCAGCGCCUGCUGCUGCUAAUAGGACCAAACUCAUCUUCUGCAGUGGGCCAGACGAUCUGGUCAACGCCUCGCUUCGGAACUUUCCGAUGCCGCCGUCGACAAACCACUAGUCGUUAUGGACUGCGGGGAAGUGGGCAUCAGUAACAAAGGGUCUCCGCGUCCACCGCGCGCGCGCACGUCACGGGGGUAAUUAGCUGCCGGGCGGGGUUGACACGCAGGCGGAGGUGGGUGAUGCGGGACAAGCUCACGACCUACCAUGUUGGGGUUGCCGGGACAUUCACGGGCAUACGGGCCAGUGGGGAGGCAGGUCAGGACAAGCGAUGUGCGGAGGAUGCACGCCAAUAUAGGCACGAGAAUGGAUCUGUGUCUAUCAACCCCUACUUGACAAAGUAGAGCUCACGUCCCUUCUUGGCACGCAUCAUAGCCCCAAUCAGAGAUCCUUUACACGCCAAGC